GUUGCUUAAAGUUUACUGGUUAAAUCCGUUCAAAGGUCCACCAUAAUUCCCGUGCACUAUGCUGUUCACAAUUAUGUACUUCGCUAUUACCAUUCGUACCUCGUUAAGAUUUAGAGCCAUAAGAAAUAGCAUCAAGCAAAUACUGACCGAUCGCUACGCUGUCAGCUUUUACACUACAUCCAAUGGUGUGUGUGGUUCGAUUGCAGAGCUCGAUUCUCCCGAUGCGUCCACUGCUGUCAACGUGUCCUCCUGUAUCUGGUAUUUUCCUGACCAGCGCGGUUGCCUUGUGUACCCAGUGCGACGGAUAACGAUUGCCGAUUGGUUCAGUGUUCCGGAGGAAUUGAAAUCCCACAUCGAAUAUGCUGCUACCGAUCCAAACAACGGUCCCGUUCAGUUGAUCGUAACGUUGGAGCGGUUGGCCUAUCCCGCGACAGAUCCAUCAACUCAGGAAGAAGAGCCCGCCGUGAUGUUGAACCGUUUUGGACGGUUUGUAGCGUGGAGGAAUCGACGUAGAUUGGAAGUGUUACUUGAAACCGACACGACUCGUCUGUUUCAGCUGAUCGUCGCAACAUUUGGAAGUGGACGAUUUGAACUGGAUUCCGGACGAUUGAAAUUGGUGCAGCUAGAGAGUGUUGAAACGUUGGGCGAACCGGUACCGUUCGACGAAUCAAUCACAAACUAUUCCAGUGACUCGCUAGCGAUGGUUUACCAACAUAGCUUUUCGACUGAUGCAUGGCUUACUGCUUUGCAUGGGUUGAAGCGUCUUGAGGAUGAGCAUCACUCCACGAAUUAUCCAACCGUCGGAGUACAACCGGAUAUUAUAUCAUCCAACGACAUUAAGAUUUCUUUAGAAACGAUGGAUGGAACUGUACUUUCUAGUCAAAGCCGCGCCGACCUACUAUCAAGCGGAAGCAAUUCUCGCAAUCGAUCCCAACUGGAUCUUACUGAUGGUCUAAUUUCUGGAAGUGGUCACGGCCAUAAUGACGCUGCCGAGGAACCGGAAGAACGUACUAUUUCACGAAGCACAACCGAAGAACUGGUUAAGGAUGCUGAGAAAGAUACACCAAUAUGCGGCACUGCCGUUGCUAUGGUGAACGAUGGACCAGAAAAGGCGAUCGUAGUAGCACCACCGUUGUUAGAAGAUUUAGCCAAUGCCAAAGACGUACUACCAACACCAACUGAGGAACCACCGAAAAAAGCAAAUACGGAAGUAACCUCCAACGGAACCGCAAAACAUCCUGAUAAGUCCCCAAACCCCAAACCAAAUCCACCAUUACUUCCAAGUCCACUGUCGGCAAAGAACGAAGCGUCCGGAGUACCACCACCGCUACCACCAUCAGCGAAGACAAUACGCUCGUUGCGUAAAAGUUCAUUCCCAUCGAGUCGGUUAAGGUUGGGUCAACCGGGCGUCAUAACGAAACCACCGAACAUUCUAGUCCACUCUGAUAGUAGCUCGACGAUGGAGUACGUUAUCGCCACCCUAAACGAGCUACUCGAACCGAACACCUACACCAUUUAUCCGAUCACCACCGGGCAAGCGAUGACAAGCAGCUGGCAACAGAGCACGGUAUUGAUAAUCGUGGCCGGUACGCUCGAUACGGAGGUGCGAAAGAUUUUGCUCGAUUACUUCCUGCACGGUGGAACUGUGUUUAGCUUGUGCUCGGAUUUGCUCGACAUAAUACUGCCGGAUUCGAAAACGGCCGAGAUCCGGGAACGUGAAUUGGUUAGCUUCUCGUACCGGAAAUGGAAGCAGAUUAAGAUGCUGCAUCACAUAUUCUGCUAUCAGCUGUCACCGGCCAAGAAGCAAUUUUCGCUCGAGUCGGAAGAAACAUCCACGCUAUUGCCAAUAUCGUAUGUUGAUGUUGCCGAUCGCAAGGGAAAACCACAUUCUCUGGCGGUGGAGAUAUUGGCACAGGAGGAAACCUGGAAUACGCCAAGCAUACUGGAAGCCCACAAUAGGAAAACCGGUGGUAGAGCCAUAUUUUCGCAGAUACAUCUUGAGCUGGACCCAUCUCUGUUCCAAUCCAACAUCGACGCUGCAGAUAAUUCGCUGCAAAAUUCAAACCAAUUGCGGUACGAAAUAUUAAGCGAUCUGUUGGGAAGUCGCUUUGGGCUGAAGUUGCGCGAAAAGAGCGGUGGUUCCGAUGAGACGAUUGUUUACAAAAAUUCCUACUUCUUGGGAAAGCAUGAGGCUAAAGUGGCGAUGCUUGACACACUGAAAAGUACCAUGAGCCGUCCGAAUGUAAUUCAAACAAGUGAACUUACGCUACAGUUUUGCGGUAAAGGAGACAGUACAUCAACUCCGGCAUCCGAUUCCCAUCUACCGGUGAUGAUAUUUCACUGUCCAGAAGAUUUCUCCACUGUGGAAUAUUUUGAUAACCUAACAACGCACAAGGUAGGUCGCAUUGGAAUCUACGCACCGAUCAUGACCAGCUCGAUGCAGAUCGUGUCCAACCUGACACUUGCUCAUGGUUUCAUGGUAAUUGCGCGCUAUCAAACGAAGGGAAAGGGUCGGAAUAAUAAUCAGUGGUUAAGUCCUCCGGGUUGUGCCAUGUUUUCACUGCAGCUACACAUCCCGAUGAACAGCAUGCUCGGUCAACGGUUGCCGAUAGUGCAGCAUCUCGUGGCCAUUUCCGUAGUUUCAGCUAUAAUCUCGCUUCCUGGAUACGAGAAACUUGAUUUAGGCCUGAAAUGGCCUAACGAUAUCUACGCGUACGGUGCAUCAAAGCUGGGCGGAAGCAUCUUCAACACCCAAGUCGACGCAACUGUUGCCAUCGUGAAUGUUGGUGUUGGAUUAAAUUUAAGCAACAGCAAACCAACGCUUUGUCUGAACGAUGUUAUUGCACAGUACAAUGCGAAACACUCUUCCACGCUGCCGCUGCUUUCGUAUGAAAAAACGUUUGCCCUUAUCUUCAACAAGCUGGAGGAACUGUACGAUCGGGUGCAGCGCGAAGGGAUUGAAGUGCUGCAGCAGGAAUACUACCGACACUGGUUGCAUCAGGAUGCGGAAAUUAGUAUGAUCGGCACGGAAGGUGAGUCGUUGCAGGGCACUAUCGUCGGUAUCGAUGAGUAUGGGUUUCUGCUGGUCAAGAAACAACCGUCCGGUGAAACGUUAUCGGUACAUCCGGAUGGUAACAGCUUCGACAUGAUGCAAGGAUUAAUCGUUCCGAAAUUCAAUUAGACAGGUAGGUGAUAGUUUAAUUGCAUC